UAGCAGAAGCUGCAGUGGUGUGUAAUAGCAUGGGCUGUGGGACUCCGAUAGCAGCAACAACGAAGGCUUCCUUUGGGCAGGGUUCAGGACCCGUUUGGCUGGAUGAUGUAAGUUGUUCUGGGAAUGAGGCAACAGUAAAAACUUGUCUAUCAGAUGAAAUAGGAACAACCAGCUGUAGCCAUUCAAAAGAUGCUGGAGUCAUCUGUCGAGAUAUAAAGCUGGUGGGUGGUACGGGUCCAUGCAAUGGCAGACUUCAAGUUCUUUAUAAUAAUCACUGGGGUUCAGUUUGUCACACUGGCUGGGGUCUGGAAGCAGCUGCAGUUGUGUGUGAAGAGCUUAGCUGUGGUGGGGCUGUACAGCUAAAGUCAUAUUUGGGUCCAUUUAUUGGGCCAAUAUGGAUGGAUAAUCUUGCUUGUACAGGAAAAGAGUCAACAGUACGGAACUGUCCAUUUACUGGAUGGGGUGCAAGCAGCAGUUGUGCGGACGGAUAUUACGCUGGGGUUGUUUGCAAUGAUGUUAGAAUGGUAGAUGGAAAUAAUCGGUGUUCUGGAAGAGUGGAGGUUUUAAAAAAUAAUCAAUGGGGAACUGCCUGUGAUGCUGGCUGGGAUUUGCUAGAUGCUGCAGUGGUAUGUAAAAACACGGGAUGUGGGACUCCAAUAGCAGCAACAACCGGGGCUUUUUUUGGACAGGGUUCAGGACCCGUGUGGCUGGAUGAAGUGAGAUGUUCUGGGAAUGAGACAACAGUGAAAAAUUGUCCAUCAAAGCCAUUAGGAACAAGCAGCUGUAGCCAUAAACAAGAUGCUGGAGUCGUCUGUCGAGAUAUAAAGCUGGUGAAUGGUACAAGUCCAUGUGAUGGCAGACUUCAAAUUCUUUAUAAUGAUGACUGGGGCGCAGUUUGUCACACAUCCUGGGGUCCAGAAGAGGCUGCAGUUCUGUGUAAUGAGCUUGGCUGUGGUGAAGUUCCAGUGCCGCAGGCAUAUGUGGGUCCAACUGUUGGGACAAUAUGGAUGGAUAAUGUUGCAUGUUCUGGAAAGGAGAUAACAUUGCGGGACUGUUCAUUUACUGGAUGGGGUGUUAGCAGCUGUGUGGAUGGACUUCAUGCAGGAGUUAUUUGCAUCAGAUUUGUGAGAAAAAAUGUGGUGAAGAUUGUGAUUACAGCUAGCACUGACAUAAAUGUCAAUGAUCUUAAUAACAUGAAGACUUUUUUGGACCAGAUAAACAAAGUGGUUAAAAGUAAAGGAGAUUAUUUUGCCAAAUGGAGAAAACAGCAUGACGGGAAGAUAUUCCAACAAAUAACAGCAUGACAGGUCCUUUUCAAAGACACUUAUCAAAAUAAUACUGCCAAUCUUCUAUUCUACACCAUGUAUAUCUUUUUAAAUAGUAAAUAUUGUAUAAUGAAAUUAAAUGCACGCACUGUACUGAAUCCCACUUGAUUAUAACAUAUUUCGUAUAAAGAAUCUGAAUUAUACAGUAGUUAUGUUCUAAGCUUAUAGUAUUUCACAUGUAUAACCAUUGUAGUAGCAUAAGAUAAAGAUUAGUCAUAAUUUUUUAUUUCAAUUCAGACAUGUAAAUACGUUUGCGAUGUACCCAAAUAUUCCAAGAAUCGUCUGCACAUGUAUGUGCACAUAGAAUCUGAAAUGAAAAGUAUUCAAUUCAAUUCAAAUCAGUUUAUUCAUCCCCAUGGGGCAAUUAAGAGACACGAAGAGCAGCACAUUCCACCACAUACAAUACAAUACAUCACCAGUACAAUAAGUAAAAUAAUCACAUUCACAA